AUGGCGUUUCUCGAGGACCCCCGCCUGCGCCAGCGAUGGAACCAAAUCGCCCACGACGCUGAGGCCGUCACUGAAAAUGCCGCCGCUGGCAUCUGGUCCUUCUCGCAUAAUUACAUCAACCCCUGCCUCGGCUCCGUCGCGAGCUCCAUUGAGCAGUGCACCAGCGUCUGCCUCGGCAACCCGGAGGAGCGCCGUCGCCGACGGCGGGAGCGCGAGCGCGGGGAGGCAGCCGAAUCCAACUUUGACUUCUACGAUGACUGGUACGAGGAGGAGGAGCAGGGCGGCAUCCUCGGCGGAUGGAGUACCGAGGAUUGGGACCGAUUGCUGGCCGGGACGGGAAGCCAGAGGAGGCCGCAUGGCAGGCAAGAGACGACGGAACAACCGCGGCGGAAGAGAGGCAUGAGUUAUGGGACGCGAAGUGGGAGGAGAAAGCCGAGCGGCGCCCAGGACCCGACCAUCAUCCCCAGCUCGCAACCUAUUGGGUUUCUCAGCAAAUUCCCAUGGAAACUGGGUGGUACGCUGCGGUAUAAGCCCAGUGCAGCGGAUCUUCAGGAACACCCGGGGAGACCAGGCGGCGCUGAAUCAGAGCCAUUGCUGGGCUCCGAUUCAUCAUCCGACUACGGCGAGAUUGUCGUCCCGCGAAAACGAAGCGGGACGACCGGGUCGGGCGAUACAUCAGACUCAUAUCGCUCCAGGGGCGACUUGUUCCCCAGUGAUGGCGAAGGGGAAGAGGAUGCGAUCCCUCUGGACGAUGAAAUUACAUAUGAUAUGGUUCGCAAAGAUGACCGGAAAGCCAGAAGGAAGAGCAAGGGAAAGCGGCCUGCUCUGGACGGCUCGCGGACCGUCUCGAGGAGUACAUUAGGUACGCUGGCUUCAUCUGCGUCACGAGAUUCGCUUCGGCUUGUACGGGCGUCCACUGGAUCACUGCCCCAUACUGCGGAAGUGGACCAUGUUCCAUCAUUAAAAGAUUUGGAAAUCGAAGAAGACGAACUACGCAAGGAGGAGGAGGAGAAGAUAAUCAAACAGAAAGAGGCUGCAACGGAGCUAGCCCUAGCUCGAGGCCUACACCAAUCGAGCCUCGAUGAACAAACAGAAGAAGAGAUGAAACCAGAGGUGACACCCGACGAGGUUGACGAAAUCGAAAUACCCCCUUCACCGCGAUCAGCUGAGAGUGCUGGAUUAUCCAAACAGCGUUCGACUAUAGAAGACGGGACAUCUGGAACAGACUUGAGACCUGAAACAGCAUCUCCAGUGGGGUCAACUGAAGACCCAAAGCAUCCUCCUACGAAAGAAUUUGUCCCGGCAAGAUUACCGUUUUUCUAA